GGUCAAGUGACGAGCGGAUUAUAUACUUGCUCAUAAUAAUAUUAAUUAAACAAUUUGCAUGCUAAUAGGGUAACAAUUAUCGCAGCUUCUGUUGAGAGAUUCAGGUUAUUACAACAUGCCAAUCCGGGUGCCAAGGGUCAGGGAAUGAGUGGGGUGCGAAAUUUCAACUCUGAUUAACAUUAUGACAGCGCCAGACUUGGGAUAAAUAAAGUCGAAUUAAUUAUGUGAAAACCUAAUGAGCAGACAGGAUUUAAGCUGGGCUCAUAUUGAGUGCAGGGGUUGCACAAGUGGUGCAGCUUUCCGGUGUUGUUCCCUGACAGGAAAGGUUGCCUGUAAUGUAUAUUUUAUUCCCUGAUAUUGAAUUCUAUUGUCCCUGUCUUUACUUGCUCAUAUAUUUUGUUCAUAACGCAGCUUUUAGGUCGUAACUGAACCUUUCGCCUCGUAGCAGUAAAAGAUUACAGUUUCACUUUGUGCCUCCAGCAAUAUCUCAGCAGCCCCCCCUUUAAAUACACCAAUAUUUCAACAAUCACCUUAUUUGUUUUACGCCCUGCGCCUUAACACUGCAGGUUUACGCACUUUAAUGAUGAUCCAUAACUAACAUGGGGGUUUAGUUUAACUCGUGUUCCCAAAAGUGAAGCUCAGAACGAGAAAAGGGGUCAAAAAAGGGUUAUUUUGUAUCGUUUGUAUAGAGUUAUCGUCCUAGUUUUCUAUUAUGGGUCAGUUUUUGAGAUAUGCCAAAAUAACGCACACUAAAAGCUUUCAAUUCAAUUUGGAUAAAAACGGAAUCGUGUUUCUUUUCUAAACUGUUGUAAAAUUGGUGAAAUCGCAGGUCCUCAACAGAAGAAAAAGUCGCGCAUGCAGCCCCUGGCCUAACCUAUCCGCGUGCAUCCCUUUUCUUUUCCGGGCUUCAGUGAGCCCUUCCUCCCGGUGGGUCCCCCGUGUAGCAGCGAUGUAGUUCUUAUCAAAGCCCUCCUGUCUUGUUGUGACAGCUCUGAUAUUGUUUAUUGAGGUGGAUGUCAGCUUUAAUUAGCAAUCGAUACGGGGAGCGUUUGCAGAGCGCGCCUCUGACGUCAGAGCCCAUUACCGCUUCUCAUUGGGCCUCAUAUUCCCCGAGCCUGGGCUAAUUAUUGGGAGGUUCAUGUGGAUAAAGUAGAGCUCAUCCCUCCCUUCACAUCAUGUCCCCUGCUCGUUGGCCACACUCGCUGCAUGCUUUUUAAAUUGCCAUCACCGGCCUCCAGACGUCGUUUCCUUCUGCCUGCGGGAUGAUGGACAGCAGGAUACUGGAUCCACCUCACGCCCAGUUCGGAGGCUCUCUCGGCGGGAUGGUGGGCUUCCCGUACCAUCUGAGCCACCAUCACGUUUACGAAUUAGCCGGGCAUCAACUUCAAUCUGCGUCCGCGGUCCCUUUCUCAAUAGACGGAUUACUUAAUGGUUCCUGCACGGCUUCGGUGGGUAAUUCCAACCCCCUCUUGUCUUCGGGCUGCGGGAUGAAUGGAGAUAAUCAGCAUUACAAACUGACAGGUGAGACACACUACAACAUCUCCUCUACGAACAAGGACAAAAAGAGAAAGAAACAAAGGCAGGACGUUGCGAUAUAAGUUGUCUGUUUAGCAAAACAAGCACACACGCAGCUACACAGAGAGGAGCAGUCCUCUCCUCCCAUUUCCAGAUGAUGCUCCCGAGCAGAAACAAUGUUCCUGUCAGUCAGAAAACACAAGAGCAAAGAGAUGCUUGAGCUAACACUCGAAGGUUUCCUUUUAAAAGAAUCUCUUUCUUUUUUUACUGAAGCUGCUGUGUGCAGGAGUGGGCUGCACAUUUCAAAUGCAUCCCCCUCUCCAGCCUGUAAAGUUUGCAGAUUUCUUUGUGCAAGAAAGAGACCAGCCUUGGUAGUAGCCUGUGUUUUUAUUUUGAUAAUAUUAUUUUUUCACACGUGUGUAUUGUAUGCAUGUAUUUUUAUUCUGCUGUCAGACUCGGGAGACCCAGACAAAGAUAGUCCUGGUUGCAAGAGACGAAGGACUCGCACUAAUUUCACUGGUUGGCAGCUGGAGGAAUUAGAAAAGGCUUUUAAUGAGAGUCACUACCCGGACGUGUUCAUGAGGGAGGCUCUGGCUCUGCGGCUGGACCUCAUAGAGUCCAGGGUUCAGGUAAAUAUUGACUUUUUCUCCUCUAUUUAAACCUGUGGUUUAUAUGCCUGCCUGAGUAUCCUUUGUUUAUCAUUUACCCAUGGCAUUUGCUCGUUUUUAUUUUUUUAAAUUUUAUUUAAUGGUAUGAAUUAACACGAAAAUAGUUAUAAGGAAAAACCAUAGCAGGAAUUUCUUCUGAGUCAUCACACAUGCCUUAAGAAUUAAAAUGAACAACAAAGAUUAAAUUAUGACUUCACAAAAAAAUAAGAAAAAAUAUUUUAAAAUAAUCCUGAAUUUUUAUUUUCAUUAUUUUUAGUAUCUUCAAAUAAAAAAAAUAGUGUUUGUUUAGAUUAUUGGCGUUACAUAUACCACACUAUGACAAUCUUUUAUAAAUGCCAAACUUUUAAUCAAUAUUUUUAUAAUUUUUAGGUAAAUACACCAAGUUUGGUUUUAGCCUAAUUGUAAUUUUUUAGUUUAUAUUUAGGGGAAAAAAUAGAGCAAAAAUUGACCUAGACUUGACCCAUGCCAUACUAUCCAAUAAAUUUCAUAUAUCUUUUUUUUUUCUUUGCUUUAAAGGAACUUUUGAAAUUGUUUUUGCACAUAAUAUUUUACUAAAGGUCUGCUAAUAAAACCGAAAAACGAGAUUUUACAGUUUUUCGCUUUUUAUUCUAACUCUUUUAACCCGUGAAGUGUCAAAUAAAAACACGUUUCCCCUUUUUUCUCUCCAGGUGUGGUUCCAGAAUCGCAGAGCCAAGUGGAGGAAAAAGGAGAACACAAAGAAGGGUCCGGGUCGACCUGCCCAUAACGCCCACCCUACCACGUGCAGCGGGGAACCCAUGGACCCGGAGGAGAUCGCGCGAAGAGAGCUGGACCGUCUGGAGAAGAAGAAACGCAAACAGGAGCGCCGGCUGCUCAAGUCCCAGAACAAGCUGCUGUCCGGGGAUUUAUUUCACACCCCGGGGUCGGACAGUGACAGCGGGGUGUCGCACGUGACGGACAGUGACCACAACACGAUGCAGUCUUAUGACUCUGUGGGGGGAAACCAAAGUCAAUCGAGCUGCGACCAAACACCUCACCCUCUUCAGACGCAGAACCACAACCAAAGACACUUGGAGCAGGAUGCUGGCGGAUCCGAGCUGGACUCGGCCGACGCCAGCCACCGGUCCAGCCUGUGUUCCAACAGCAACAACAACAACAACAGGGCCUCCGGGGUGCAGAAACUCAACCCCUUCAGCGUGGAAAGCCUCCUUUCGGACGCACGACCGAGACGUAACCCCGCGGCCUUACCCUCCUCGCGGCCUUUGAUAGGGAAAGGACACUUUCUUCUCUAUCCCAUCACUCAGCCGCUUGGAUUCAUUGUUCCCCAAACUGCUCUGAAGACGGCAACCACGACCACAAAUAGUGACAGUGACCCCCCGGCAGAGAGAAACCAGUCCAUGGCGCGCUGCGGCGUCUCUUCUGGAUGUAGGAGCAGCACGCCGGACUCUGCAGACGCAGCGCAAAGAGGACAGGUGCCCUCAGAGGACCAGACGCGCUCUUCACCAUCAUCAUCAACAUCACCACACACCAGCCCGUCCACGCCUGCCUUUCUCACUAGCAAAAGUACUCACACCUCUGUUAUUUGCAGCGAUUCGACUUUCGCCCACGAACACAGUCCGCAACUCGUUACGCCUGUCGAUGCAGACAGAAAAGAGCAUUUAGAGAACCUGGACCACCAGCCUCUCGACCCCGAGUGUGUCCUCAGUGACAGUCCGGCUGAGACAAAGACAGACUCUAAAGAAGACUUGGAAUAACUAACUGGGGGUAAAGAGAAAGAGCAGAAAAAAAACACUGACAUAGCCUCGAAACAACACCUGUCAUUAGGCCAAAGCUUCACCUUAAACUCUAAAAUCAAGGUUUCCCCUCUCUGCUGAUUUGUUUUCACAAUGGUGUGCUCUCUCUCUCUCUCCUUUCUCUCUCUCCCCCCCUCUCUCUCUCUGCGAGUGUGUAUGUGUGUGUGAGAGUCAGGAGUCUAGAUAUCCUUAAAUGUGUGAUAACUUGUCAGAAAAAAACAAACAUAAGACCACGAGACCAACAAAAAUCCUCAAGAGCUGUACAAAAGGUAUUAUACUAUUUAUAUAUGUAAGUUUUUUCUUAAAUAAAUUUAUUGUAUACAAGCACCUGAAACCGUGUGAGACCUUAAAUAGCUGAACAUCCAGUGCAGGACUAGUGUACAGUAGGAAGGGCUUUCUUAAGAAAUCUCAUGUUGUACUUUGUAUAUUGCCUUAACAAAUUUAUUCAUCUAUAAGCCCCCACUGAAAUGAGGUUACGAGCCUGAGGCGAAAAGGACCCGCUCGACUCCUGCAGAGUUUUGAUAUGAAAGUAAUUAUUUUCCCGGUGGCUACUGCAGGGGGAUUCAGUUUAUUUUAGCUCAAAGGGGGUUAUAAUACAUUACCGAUUUCUAGUGAUAUGAAAUCACAUAAACUUCCAAGAAUAAUAGAAUUAGCAUGAAAAGGCCUGGGUGUCAAAUUGAAAUAGGAAAAUAAUAGCCCCGGCAGCUGGGAGUGUGUGUGUUUGUGCAUAUUGGAUAGGAGAUGGGGAUUCGUGGGGAGGCAUUUUCAUGAGCUUUUUUUUUUCUCUCUCUCUCCCUCUCUCUCCUCUCCUUCCUCUCUCUCCCUCCACUUUGUCAGGGCCCCCUUGUAGCAGGGCUAUAUUAAGAUAGAUGUUCGAUGAUAUCCCUCAUUGUUCUGUCGCUUUACAUUGAUGUUUCGGUGUUAUCAGCCUAUUGAUCACGCGUCGGCUGUAAUAGGACGGGCUGAGGAAAACGUGCCUAUUUACAAUAGCAGAACACAUUUGUUCUAAUAGGGCUGGUGGUCCCUGGGGAAGCCACGCGGGAUCUGGGACAUCUGCUCCCCCCUUUCUUCUUUUUUUUUCUCCUUCUUGCAAUAUUAGCAGUGUUGACCACAAUAUCACGUCGACCCGAGGAAGAAAUGUAGGAUGCUGCGUGGCGUGUAUGGGCCUAUCAAAAAUCUCUGCACAAAAUAAUAAAAGAAAGGGAAAGCAGUCAGUCCAGCUCCUUCUAUACCCAGACAGACCCUUGUUAAAACCCUCAAACCCUUUAGUGUUCUCUUUGGGUCUUGAUUUGCAAAUAAAUUGAAAAUAAUCAGAGGGGUGAGCUUUACGUCUGAGCCGGCGCAAAUGAAUUUCUGAGCCAGUGUCCCUUUCACAAUAUUUACAUAAAUUUCCAGCCAUGCAGCUGUUUGCUCUAGGAAGCAAUGUCUUAUUAGGUUGGUGGGGAGGGGGCAGGGGGCGGACACAGCCAACAUGGCACACACAGGGAACAUGCUGAAGAUUAGGCCUGCAUAGGCUGUGCUUUAGAGGUUUAACCUCUGUGUCUGCAUGGUGCUUAUAGUCUUGAGACUGUACAGCGGCUAUUGUGCGUCAGGGUGUUUUAUUAAGUUUCAAAAGGGGGGGUCUUUGUAAUGCUGUUUAUGAUUUUUGUGGUUUCAAAAGCCCUGAUGAGAAAAAUUCCUGUCAUAUUUCAAUGCCAAAUUUGACAGAUUCAAAUUGAUCAAUUCUUUUCACAUUGUUCACCUACAAAUUGCUCCAAACCGAGCUCCACUGUGAAAAAAACCUACAGGAUUCUUCGGUGUGUGUUUUUCCAUGCUACUCUGAGGCUAUUUGGGACGUAUGCCCAGUUCAUCCAUAAUUCAUUAGCACCCUGAAUGGGAGUAUCGCUGGCUGCACAUUGGUGGCCUUAAGGUGAAAUUAGCGAUUUGCUUAAGUAGUUAAGCUUUUCUUGCCUGAGAGCUGCACGCUGCAUGAUUCAAGACAAACUAUCAAUCGAUAUGCCCAGGCAGCCUCCAGGAGCUGUGUCGUCCAUGAAUCAUACUUUAUGAAUUCAAUUUAUACCCGCAGAAAUUUUCAAUUUGAACGCCGGAUCAUUAUGGGAGAGUGUAAAUUGUUUUUGCUCUAUUAUGCAUCGGACGCCAUCAUUUUUCUUUCUAAUUACGGAGGUGUCAGGUCGGGCUGUCAUGCAGACGCUGAUUUUCAAUUUAACUGAUCAUCAUGCAUUCAUUUUCCCAUUUGAUAAAUCUGCUAUCUCGAAGCUUCUCCAUGCCCGGAAUGCUAAAAGAGAGGCACAGAUUGGCAAAGUAAUAGGGGCCUGUAUGCGGCAAUAAGUGCAGAUCAGGCAGCUAAUUUAGCACCUCCUGGUAUUUCCAUUUCCAUUUCUCAUUUCCAACUCUCAGAGGAGGAGAAGCAGCCCAAAGGCAGAAAGCUGGGAGGCUUUUCACUAUCGGAGAAAGACAGAGGAAAAAAAAAACCUACCAAAACGGCUUGUUUUCAACCACACCAUUCCUAAAUUAGGAUAUCAAGCUUAAUUAAGGCUAAUAGAGUUUUCUCAGUAUGUGUUAGUUUUAUUUAAUAGAAACAAAUUUGCACAAUUAAUUAUGGCCAUGAUAUUAAGGGUCUCAUUUGCAGCACGCGGGCUGCAACCGAAAUCAGCGUCUGCAGAAAUGAGCCUCUCUUCUCCAAGCCAAAGGUUCCGCAGCUUCUAUCCCAGAUUUUAUUUUUUUUAAUUAUUUCCCUUAUUACACCCAAGAAAACCUAGUAAAGGGUAAUAUUUUAUUUCUCAAGUUUAUUUUACUAAAAAUCUUUUAAUGAGUGUCUUUCUCUCAAAAUAAAAAAAUACAAAAAUGCGCAAACAUCUUAAUAACUUUACGCAAAAUUUACGCACAAUGCAAAAAAGUACGUUUUCUAUUCUCUGCAAGCUUUUCUUUCGAUCCACGGUGCUGAUGGGGGGGAAAAACAAUGCGCCUGAAUUACGGUGACCAAAUAGGAUUGAAAGUUUCACACAUUAACUGUCCAGUCUCUGUCAUUCCGCCCAAGCUGCUCUCAUGCGCUUUGUGUUGCUCCAUGAGAUCUCAGAGGCUUGGAGGAGAAAGAAGCGUGUCACUUUAAAAAGGAUCCUCCAUAAAAUAAAAUGGCACUUGACAUUUGGCUUCUCCUGCAGCAACUCUGCCAUGCCUUUUAGGAUUAUUUUACAUCUACAUACUCAUUAAUGCGCCGCUGGAUUUAAUCUCUCUUAUCUUUCCUGUGCAUACCUGGGAUAAGCCUGAAAUUACCAUCUGCAUUGAUUUCUGGACGAUCCUUCAAAUAAUUUUAAUUAUCUUGGAGUAUUUCUGGGAAGGAAAAAAAAAAAAAGCUCUAAUCAAAAUUUACUGAUGAAGCUUUAACAGGCAGUUCAGGUUUCUUCUGGCUCUGGAUGUUAAAAACAUGACUCAAGUUUUGGCCAGCGAAAGAUUAAUUAGGUUGUUAUUGCUUUAUAUGAUGAAAAUUUACUAAAUGAAGCAAACAGAGACAUUGUGAACAUUUCCUAAAAUUUUCCUUCCUUUUUAUAAGAAUUGAUUUACUGAAAGAAAAUGUUGAUGCACUUUUUUCCCUGAGCAGUCAUCCUAAAGGAAACAUUUGUUAUUGUUAAACAAUGUUAGAGUCAAUCUGAUCCCUCAUUUUCUUCAAGGAUUUGCAUGAUCUUCGCAUGCACCUCAACCCUCUAUCAUUUAGACCGCUAUGCCUUAAAAUGCACUGCAUACAAUGAAAUUAAAAAGCAGACAAGUAAAGUAGGAUAUUUUAUAAGACCUGUACUCCAUGCAGUGUUGGUCUUUAUUUAACUAGGUGGAGUUAUCUAUCCCUUGAGACAGGUCACAUGCCAAUUUUAAUGAUAAUAUUAUUAUAGGAUGUCACAUAAAAAGGACUUGUAUAAAAAUAUCUUCUUCAAAAAUUUUCUAAAAUAAAAAUAAUUUAAAAAAUCACAGCAAACAUUGACAAAAGUGAAUCGAAGUUCAUAAAACCCAAGGAUGGAAUAUCUGUAUUUACAGGAAUUGCAUUUGUUUUCUUAGUUUUCCCAGAUCUGCAUACCCUCCAUGGGGUCUGCAUUUAAAAAAAAGACAACAAAUCAUGAAUUCAGAAAGAAACAACAGUGAUUUAAAAAUGACAGCUGACACAAAUAACUCAAAGGAAACAGAUGAUAGGAAGCUCCUAUUGGAGCUGUGCUAAACUAAAAGAUACUUUGCAGGCCAAGAAAUCUUAAAAAGCCUAUAAAAGCACAUAAUUAGUACAUACUGUAAAAGUUGCUUUGUAUUCACUGUUCUUAAAACGAUUUUUGUAAAAGCAGUUCUGUCUGUUCUCAUUUAUAAGCAUUGUUCUGAAUGCUGCUGACUGCUGGGAUGGUGAGGUUUUAGACAUAGGUGAAGAAAUGACUGAAAAAAAUGAGUCACAAGGAUCUUAUUAGAGAGUGCAGUCUGUAAAGUCUUUAUGCUUUUGUUGAAAGAUUAUUUAGUAAUCAGUUUCCCUGUUGUGAAAAUGACAUUUUUUCUGCCUUUUCAGGACCGCUUUUAGCACUGCUUAUUAAGGGGAAAAAAAGCAGUGUUAAAACUAACACAAAUGUUGAUAUCUCUAACGGUUAUGGCGGUGAUUUUACUUUGAAGUAACCUAAAACUAAAGAAUGAAAGGCUGCAGUCAUUUUUUGAAAGUGCAAUAACAUCCAUUCAAUAACACAAUUUCCCCUUUUCCUCUUUAAAAAAUCUCCUUCACAUUAAAUAUUUCACAUUCCUGCGUUAUGCCAGCUCCAUAUUGUCUCUGAAUAGCUGAAGGGAAGGAUUAGAUAUUAGCCUCCUCUUCACAAUAAGAGCACUUGCAUCCUUGUAUGAUGAUGUGAGAGGUGACAGGAGUCUUUUCAGUGUAUAUGGUCACACUUGUUACUAUCUGUCUAGCCCUCAUUAUCUGGAGUGACCUGUGCUUUUGGAUUACACAACCAAACCAUCGCUUCAUUCUUGGACAAAGAACAAUUUGACGAUUUGUUGGAAAUGUCUUAAACAUGAGAGGGUCUUCUUAAGAGGUGACUGCAGACAUGCGCGGACAUAAAAUUCAAAGCCAGUGAGCAACUCCUCGAUUAGCUCGUUGUCUUUGCUUCUUAAACUUGACAGUUUUCUCCUUCCAAAAAACCCGUGUUGAAGUAAUAACUGCUCAAAUAUUUGGCAACUGCUUCCCUAACGUUGUACUGCUUUAAACCCUCUAAAGAAAUGUUCUUCAGUAAUCUCUAAAAGAACACUGAUGUCUUGUCCCAAAUUGUCAAAAUGUCCAAAUCUGGCUCUAUUUCUUUAUACUUGGCUUGUACUGCUUAGCUGAAAGCAUCCAUCCAUCACCGGGUACAUGGUACAGAAACAAUAAGCGAACAAAUUAACCCUGUGAGGACUCUACAUGUGGUUAGUGUACCUUGUAGUUAUGAUAUUCUGGACUGAUUUGUCAGGAUCUUAUAAGUGCCAUGGUGAUAGAUGGUAUGACCAGUAAGUGACUUAUGAUUUACCAAAAAAAAAAACAGUGUGGCAGUCAGUUUUUACAUUAUUUUCUGCUCAAAAUGAGAUUAAAGGUACACAAAUACACAAUUUUAUAGGUUAAAAUGGGAACUAGAGGUAACAAACAACAUAUUCAUUAAUAUUCACCAAUCAUCACUUACUCUAUUUUUGGACAAAUGUAGUUCAGAGAAGUGGAAUCCUUGGUCUCCAUUUGGCUCCAUUGACAUGCUCAGGCUAAUUGGCAGACUAUUAGAAAUACAUAGAUUAAGUAUUAAAAGCCUUCAAAUGUCUGUAUGGCUGAUUUAAUUUAUUUUGGUGCUAAGGAUGCAUUCAAUCCUUUCAUGCCAUGGUACACACAAGCUUUUUCUUAACAUUGAGAUGUCAAAAUGCAUUAAAACAGUCACAGGUAUGUACAGCAUGACCUAUUUUAAGAGCGCCACCAGGGCCAGAUUGAAGUUACCGCUCUGUAAUAGUCGGAUGUAAUGAUUUUCUUUCUGCAGUUUAGAUCUUAAAAGUAAAGAUUGUCUAGUAUGAAUUAGAUAAUCAUGUAAAGAUCACUUUAAAUGAUCUGUCUUUGUCAAGUAAAGCAUGAUACAGGUUUGGCGAUAAUGUUGAGCAACUGGCAGCAUUUACUUCAGGUUAAGAAGACAAUGUGUUCACGGUGAUGCUUCAAUUACGCCAAAUUGCACUCACUGUUUUAGGAGACAGGAUGAGUGACUGAAGAAAAUAAGCCACGUGAAGCUAAGCCUCCUGACAUGCUCGGUGAAAGUACUGGUGGAUGAAUCCCACUGAAACAGCUCCAUGGUGAGAUCUAAGACCUGCCAGAUCACAGAGAAGCAUGGAGUCAACACACCCUCCAUGCGCUGGUGGCUUAGCCAAAGCAGAGGACUAGAUGUAGACUCGGUUAGGAAGUCAUAUGGAGGAAUUAAGGAAGGGUGGCAUUUGGAGAAAACUAAGCAAUAACAGCAACCGGCCUCCAUUGUUGUGCAUGACGAUGUUUGUCUACCUUUAGCCCUGUUGGGACAAUAACUAAAGAAGUACAAGGGAAGUAACUUUUCCAUUGAGGACCAGGAAACAGGUCAAAGUGGGAUGGUAAGAACACAUAGUCAGAAAACUACCUGCGCUUCAUUAUGAUGGCAACUGAAAUACGUUCUGGGUAUUUGGCGGUCACAUUCAUCUUGUUGUUACCCCAACCUCCCCAAAUUUAUAGUCCAGCCACAGCAGCCUAGUUUUAAAGGAAAGUGAUGAGCAAACUAAACCUCUUUUACUCCUAGCAAAACCCAAGAGAGAAGUGUCCCUCUCUUUUGUGGACCAUUUGUCCAAACAGCACGAGUAUACAGGUAUCAGUGGUAGCACUGAGCAAAUUAGAGCAUCCAGGUUACCUCGGUGCUCGAGGUCCCAGUCCAGGAUUUUAUCGUUCAAUAAGUCUGAGAUUUCCUUGAAUUUUUUCUAGCUGAAUCAAUAUAAAUCACAAAAACAGGAUGUUUGUAACUCAAAGAAGAACACAGGGGAAUAACCUCAGUGAAUCCGAGGAAAGUUCAGGAAAGCUAAACUCUAUUUUACUCUAGAACGAAACCCAAAGGACUGCUGAUGAAUCAUCCAAAACAAGACAUGUAAGAAUGGCAGCAGAUGGUUAAAUAAGUGGGGCACAAAUAAUGGGAAUAAAUGCCCAAUCGGAAUAAAAAAGCAUCAUGUAAACAUUUAUUUAACAUGUCGGAAAAUUCCAAUCCAAUUCAGCCCAAUCCGAAAGAAUUUGAAAGAAAAGAAAAGAAAAUUGAGAAAGAAAAGAAAAAUCCGAAAGAAAAUUGUAUUUCGAAUGAGAGGGGUGGUUUGUGCCGAUCGUUAUUCAGAAACCUGUCCAUGUAAAUACUUAUUCUGAUGGUGACUCUCUGUUGGGGCAAAACUAACCUGACUCUAUCCUCACUCUUUAGCCUUUGGCUUAUUUAUUGAGGUCAGUACAAGAGGUUUCAUUAUUAACACUCUGGCAUAAAACACAACCGCAGGUGCCGUGUCUGCUCCAUGAUAACAUAACAAGGCCUACAUACAGUGUAAUGAUGUCACAUCUGCACGCACAGUGCAACCUUUGACAGAACAGUGAAAUAAGUAAGCAAGGGCGCCAUCUAGUGACAACAUUUAACAAGGGAGAAAAUCGUGAAUUGGAUGGCACGAGCCACGGCUGUGUUUGUUGGUUUGUUGACAGCACAGGCGUAAAUACAACUCUUCUUCUGCGGUUAUUUUAGUAAAAUUAGACAACUCUGUGCAUGUCCAAAUGAUUCUUACUGAAUAAACCUUGGUGCAUGUGUAUACACACGUUGGAUCGAAUUAUUUGAUUUUGUGCCCAUACAAACAGUGGAUUCAGAUUUUCUGAUCCUCCAAAUUUUUAAUUGGAUCAAGAAAUUUUGCACAUGUAAACAUGGCUAUUGACUACAGCGUGGUGGAAAGUUAGAAAAAAGAGCUGUUUGUAGUAAUGUUUAGUCAGCUAUUAGCUAAGAAGCUACAUUCAGAGCUAUAAACACAGAGUCGAUGUGCAUUAUCAAAACAACAUCCACACAUUUUUACUCUUUCUGAGCAUGGGCGAGGUCAACCCAAAUGAGUUGGUAGAAGAAUACGCCAACCAAGUUCAGCUUGCACCACAUGUCUCCAUGUUGGACUACACAUUUGCAUCUAUCAGUUACCUUUGUGUUGACGUGACUUAUGAAGUCCAUGCUGCAGUGCUGACACGCAUGAGUUUGGGAUCUUUAAUACCAACUGAAAGGUGGAAAUAAAAUUAGGGGAAUAACAUGAUCAAACUUAGUACGAAAAGAAAACAGCAGUGUUGAUAUUUAACCCUCACUGAGAGGCAGAUGCGUGAACCCAGCUGGUAAAGUUUGGCAGUUGAAAUUCAGCUACAGAGCAGGAUAAUUUUCUGUUUCUUUAGACCAUUUUUAUUUAGCGUCACAUUUUGUGCUCACGGUAGAGGAGCAUUAACAAAGAGCUUAUACAUUUUGUAGGAGCUAACUGGUGAUGAACGGGAUUUAAUAUUUAUGUCAACUUCGGUCAAAAAAACUAAACCAUCUGAAUAUUUUGUGGGACACCAAGCCUGUGAGGGCAAGGUAAGAUGAAAUAAACGUGUUCAUUUGGUCUCUUUUUUCAAUAAAUUAGACUUGAUAAAGUUUUGUUUUUGUUACUUUUCAGUUACAUUACACAUUACACUCACCAUCCUGCAAAGUUGUUGUCCUGUACAAAGAAGAGUGGCAUUAAAAACGAUAUUUGCUUCUGCAGUGAAUGCAUAUGUGGCAGUAGCAACAUCUUUACAACAGUGGUUCAUGGUGCUCAUGGGAAAUGCAGUCUUCAUCCUAGAAAGACACCAAAGCAGUCACGAGGAUCAGCACAACAUGAAAACUCCUAGAAGCGCCUUUAACGACCACGAGCUGGAACAAUUUAAAACUUUACUGUAAAGCUGCGGAUACUUGGACACUACACCAGGACCCAAACAAGAGUCAAGGGUAAGAUAUCCAGUUUAUUGUCUGCUACCACCCUCAGAGGGUAAAUCUGUUUUUCUAUACUUCUUAUGUUUGACAAUAUGUCACUUCUAAGGUAAUAUUAAGCACAAUGGUAUAACAAUGCAUUGCAUCAGUCUGGACUGCUGCAUGCUACUUAUCAUAGCUUUAUUUAUCUUUAUAAUAACAAAGGUAUUUUUGCUGAGUUAUAUGAAGUAUUCUUAUU